AUGGAAUCCGAGUCGGUCGUGUCCCAGCUCCAGCGCAAGAUCGAGAUCCAGUUCCCCGAGGACCUCGCCUACCUGCUCGCCAACGUCCGCAACGCCGCCCGGGCCCGCAUCGACGAGGCCUUCCCUCCCGUCGACGGCGCCCUCGAGGGCGAGGAUGAGCUUCGUAACCAGAUCGAGGCUCUGAUCCACGAGUACAUCAACAGGACCUUUUCCCUCGCGGCGCCCAACAUCUCCAUCAACGGGCUCCCCGUGCCGCACGAUCUCGUACGCCCCUCCGAGUCCCCCGAGUCCGCCUCGGUGCCGGCCGAGGACGACGCCAGCAUCGCGUACGAGCCCUUCGACACGCGGAAGCGCCAGGCCAUCGCCGAUCUCGUCGCCCGCGAGGAGAAGCUCCUCGAAGAGGUCGCCUCCCUCAAGCGCACCGUCCCCGCCAACGCCGCCGCCAUGCAGGCCACCCGCGUGCGCGAUGCCCUUCAGCAGGAUGAGGACGCCUUCCGCCAGCGCGUCGCCCGCCUCGCCGCCGAGUGCGGCCCGGCUGCGGCGGCCGGCAUCCGCAUCGACGAGCUCGAGCGCCAGGCCACGGUCGAGGCCGCCUUCAGGGGCGCCGUCGAAACGCUCGAGCGGCUGAAGAGGGACAUGCCCGCCGUCGUCGCCAAGAUGGAGAGGGCGCGGGUGGCGGGCGAGUACGUCGUCACCGACGGUCGACGGUAG